ACUAGAAUGAGGAUGAGAUAACACACUGGUUACCAGAUCAAGGAGGAGGAGGUGCUAGAAUGGAGACCAGUAUGAGGAGGAGGUACAAGACUGGAGGCCAGUAUGAGGAGCCUAACAACCAUGCAGCUGCACUCAGGUCUUCUGUGCAAAUGAGGUCCGAACAGUGAGGCAGUCUGGGUACUGGCUGAGUCCAGACCAGAUUCUAUCGGGUCCGUCUGACGUUGUCUUUCCUAAAAUGUAGAGUUGCGUUUCUUAGCUGCGCAUGAGCAAUUCCUCCUGUGCUGGAGCGCCCACAGAUCAGGAAGGUCGUUGUCUCUUCAGAAGUGUGCUGCAGCAGCAUCGUGAGGAUAGUCUGGGAUACGAUUCUGCAGCAUGUCAGUGAUAUUCGGGAAGUCCUGUUCUGAGUGCAACCUAGUUCUUCUGGGUGUGAUGGGCUGCGGGAAAUCAGCACUUACAGUCAAAUUCCUCACAAAACGCUUCAUCAGUGAAUAUGACCCGUAUCUUGAGGACAUCUAUUCAUCAGAGGAGCUCGUGGACCAGCAGCCAGUUACAGUGAGAGUAAUGGACACCUGUGACCAGGAAGGGCCAGUGAACUGUGAGCGCUACCUGUCGUGGGCCCACGCCUUCCUGCUGGUCUACAGCAUCAACAACAUGCAGAGCUUUACCAGCUGCCAGCUGUACUUGCAGACUUUAGCUCUGCACAAGAAAACCUUCAGACCUCAGACUCCCAUCAUCCUGCUGGGCAACAAGUUGGACAUGGACAGAUACAGACAGGUGAGCCAGUGUGACGGUGAGGCUUUGGCAGCUCGUUUCGGCUGUUCCUUCUUCGAGGUGUCGGCCUGCCGGGACUUCAGCUCUGUGCAGCAUGUCUUCUACGAGGCUGUGAGGAGGGUGAAGAGGCGGGGUUUGACUCAGGCCGUCUACAUCAGCAAGGACAAAGCUCUGCUCGGUGCACCUUCGUUUACAACUCCAUGCUACAAGGAGCUGCCGGUGCCUGCCACCGCCAAGCUGGUGACGGUGAAGACGUCCAGAGCCCAGAGCAAACGGAAGGCCACCACACUCAUGCUGCUCAAAGGCUUCAAAAUCUUCUGAACAUUGGUUCACCUGAGGAGUGAAAGAAAAUACCGGUCCACAUGGAAGUCAUGAUGUUCCUCAUGCUGUGUUGUUGAAGCACCAGCUUCAUGUUUUGUCUCCUGUAAAUAAUCAGGCCAAACAAACACAAACAAAAUGCACAUACACUUAUAAUAUGUAGGUAAUGCAGCAUUACACGUUUCUCUAAGGAGGCUACAGGGAGGUUGUGCUAUUUUUAUAUACUGUGUGUAUUUUACAUAGUUUGCAGGAUAAAUUCCUGUUUCUGUGCUAAGUAUAUUAAGGUCUAAAAUGUUUAAUGAACUCUUGAAGGAUAUGAAGUGUCUAAGGACUUGUCAUGUUAAAGUUAAACAUUAGGUUCCUCCACCUGUGAGGGCUGAGAUACAUGUCCAUGUACGUUUAAUGGCCGCCAUGCAUCCUAAUUUUACAUACAAUUUCU